AUGUCAGGACGUGGUAAAGGCGGAAAAGUAAAGGGCAAGUCCAAGUCCCGAUCCUCCCGGGCCGGACUUCAGUUCCCCGUUGGACGUAUCCACCGUCUCCUCCGUAAAGGCAACUAUGCCGAGCGCGUGGGUGCCGGAGCCCCAGUCUACCUGGCUGCCGUUCUGGAAUACCUCGCCGCUGAGGUUCUCGAGUUGGCAGGUAACGCCGCCAGAGACAACAAGAAGACCAGAAUCAUCCCCAGACAUCUGCAGCUGGCCAUCAGGAACGACGAGGAGUUGAACAAGCUUCUGUCCGGAGUAACCAUCGCCCAGGGUGGUGUCCUCCCCAACAUCCAGGCUGUUCUUCUCCCCAAGAAGACCCAGAAGUCUGCUGGAAAGUAAAUUUUCUGCCAGCUUUCUUAUCCAACGGUCCUUUUCAGGACCACCAAA